AUGUCCAUAAACUGGGUAGAAUUAACGGCAUCAAAUUCUCCGCUACCAAUCAGCCAGGAGAGGUUCCUAGGAGGCUCUGGCCAGCUGUUCAACGCAGACCUCAAGAUUUCUAUGCCCCCAGAAUCUUCCUCGGAUGCUCCGACGAAGAUGAUAGAGCUCCAAGCUUCUGGCGUAGCCUACCUAAGUGAUAUGCGGUUUGUUUUUGUAGCGAAGAACCCACGUAUGACGCCAGGCCCCUCGUCCUUUUCGAACUUUUCCGUGGCGUACUCCAACAUUCUAGGGACCAAAUACGAGCAACCGUGGUUUGGUGGAAACUACAUUGAUAUCACUGUACGUGCGGUGCAGGAUGGGGGGUUGACCUCUCGUUCGGUGAUCAAAUGCCAACUUCGAGUCGAUGGUGGCGGGCUGUACUCGUUCAGCGCUGCGCUCGACCAAUGCAUGAAUGCGGCUCGUGCUAAGCAGCAAGAAUUUAACACUCUUCCUGUCUACACGCCUCCACAACCCGCGAAUGCCUCUACUCCUAACGAGUUGCCACCAGCAUAUACCAUCUAA